CUUUAGUCUGUACCCCCUCAGAUCCCUAUAAGGAAAAGUCUUACUAAACGCUUUUUCUCAACGACCCGCCAUUUUCACGUCCUCCGGUCACAUCGCUCUCCCUCCCAAUGAAAAGUCCAAACUCACCGUGCGGUGGCCGGAAGUCUACCUUUGGUGCCCGGAGAACGCCCGAACGCGUCCCCUACUCUCCCAGCUCCGCAUACUCCGACGUCUCCACCGCCGGGACCUCCAGCUCUAGCGGACGGAGCCGCGUCGCCGUCGCUGCUAGAUCGGUCGCCGGAGUCUUCGUGGCCUGCUUUACUCCGCCGGAGACCAAGAGCUCUACCUAUAGCGUCGCGGACUCCGAGGAAUUCAAAGCUCCCUCCGUUGCGUCUAAUGGUUCAAGAGCUAGUAGCGAGAGAAGACGUAGUUCGAAUCUUGGAGUCUAUGCCGGUUCAAAUAACUCGACACAUGUACGAGAGCCUGGUCGUGUACAAUUUGCCAUGGAAGAUAUCUUGAAGGCCACGAGGAAUUUCUCCCCCUCUUUCAAGAUCGGACAAGGUGGGUUUGGGACAGUCUACAAGGGAAUACUCGAAGAUGGAACCGUUGUUGCAGUAAAACGUGCCAAGAAGAGUGUAUAUGAUAAGCAUUUGGGGGUGGAAUUCCAAAGUGAGAUCCGAACUCUGGCGCAGGUGGAACAUUUGAAUUUGGUCAGGUUUUAUGGAUGUUUGGAGCACCAAGAUGAAAGGAUUGUUGUCGUGGAGUACGUUCCCAAUGGAACCCUCCGAGAACACUUGGAUUGUAUUCAUGUCGACGUUCUGGACCUUGCUGCACGGUUAGAUAUCGCAAUUGAUGUGGCUCAUGCCAUUACCUAUCUUCAUAUGUAUACAGAUCACCCUAUCAUUCAUAGAGACAUAAAAUCUUCCAACAUUCUCCUCACAGAAAACUUAAGAGCAAAGGUAGCCGACUUUGGUUUUGCUAGAAUGGCAGCUGACAGUGAUUCAGGUGCCACCCAUGUGUCUACCCAAGUUAAAGGAACUGCUGGCUACUUGGAUCCAGAGUAUCUCAGAACUUAUCAACUAACCGAAAAAAGUGAUGUUUAUUCAUUUGGUGUAUUAUUGGUUGAACUAGUCACAGGCAGACGUCCAAUCGAAACAAAACGAGAACUCAAGGAGCGGAUAACAGCAAGAUGGGCCAUGAAGAACUUUACCGAUGGUGAUGCUAUUUCAGUCUUGGACCCAAAGCUGGAAUGUAGUGCUGCAAAUCACCUAGCCCUCGAAAAGAUUCUUGAACUAGCCGCUCAGUGUUUGGCUCCACACAGACAAAAUCGGCCCAGAAUGAGGAUGUGUGCAGAGAUCCUUUGGAGCAUCCGUAAGGAUUACAGAGAACUAUCAGCCUCAGAUUUCCAUUCCCUCUCCCGAUCCGAAAGGAGUGUUUCGAUAAAAGAAUAGUGACAAAAUAUUGUGAGAUGUCUAAAGUGGGAGCAGCAAGUAUCAAAGAAUUUGUUUGGGGACUGGAGAGGGAAAUAUUAGAUCGUUUAGAGAUGAAAACCCUGCAGAUAGAGAGUAUCUGUGAAAGAGAACCAAGAAGUUUGAGUUUCGAAAAUGGUUCACGGUGUCAUUGCCAAUGCUAAUAAUCUCCCUAGAAGUGGAUCCAAAGACAUUGAUUGGAAAAAAUUUAGCCAGCUGCGAGAAAAUAAAUACUCUGUUUAUAAAUUGUUCUUGA